UGCCGCUUGACAUUUGACAGUGCCCGUCUACCCCACGUGAAAACAUUUCAGUCAGCACGGGGUGCCGAAGUUUCUCCCAAAACUUUCUAAUUUAUUCCUUAAAAUGGGGAAGACACGCAAGAAUAAACGUCUCAUUCCCAGAGUCAACCCCCUGGGGAUACCCAGCAAUCGCGAAGUAGAUGAAAACGAGGAAUUGUUCGGCAUCAACGAUCACCCGGAAGGACCUAUCCAGGCCAUCUUCGAGCAAUUGCAAUCAGUGAGUGUUGAGGAGAAAAUGAACGCCCUCCAGUCGUUGGCUCUGAUGUCGGCUAGCGUGGAUAAGGCUCGAGUCCUGUCCUCGAGUGAAAUAAUCCGCGUGGCAGCUCCACUUCUCAUGGACCGCAGCCAACCGCUGCGCAACGCUACGGCCGGCGCUUUGAGGAAUUUGUCCGUUUGCGGAGUGGAUGUUUGUGAAAAUUUAGUGGAACAGGACGUACUGACACCGCUGCUAGCUCUGCUCAAUGAAUACGCGAUGAAUCCGACUUGGGUGCCCAUAUUUGAUCAGGAAUUGAACAAUCAACUGGACGAAAAGUCAGAUACAUUCCUUCAGGCUAUCAAUUUGCUUUGGAAUUUAUGCGAAAGUACAUCAGUCGCUUUGGAAAACUUCAACCAGACGUCGGUUGUGCAAAGCUUCAUUCGCUGCUUGGAUUUCAACGUUUUUGGGUUGGACAUUUCGAUUGCCGUCGCUCAAUGUCUGCUUGUUAUCUCGGAGGACAACGCCAAUUGCUGGAAUAUCUUGAAUAAUUUCGUACAGGAGUUCCUCUGUCUUCUGAACAUAGAUGGGGACCCGUCGCAUGCACUGUUGAGGACCUUAGCGGCAGGCAUUUUGUCGAAUGUGCCGGCGCUGGCUGCUGCCCAUUCAGCGAAAAUCCUAGAAGCGCUUGCCAAAACACUUGAUUUGAACCACAGAGAGGUUUUGGGGAGCAUCACAAGCAAACUGCCGCUUUUGGAGGAACAGGACACGUUGAUUGAUGUCUCAGAUAACCCCAAUGCAAUGGAAGAAGAGACAGAUGAGGCAGCGUCGCGUCGAAGACGACUCCAGGAGCUCCCGACGGAAGUAGAGCUGGAGGUCAAGUCAAUUGAGCGUUUAUUGGAAGCACAACGCGUAGCUGCAGAGACGAUAACCAACAUCUGCUCAUCAGACGACGAUGAAUGGGCUGACGAUGACAACGACGAAAACUCAGACGCUGAAAGUGUUCAUGACUACGAAAAUUCAAAUAACAGUUCCACAAAUCUGCAGAACAUUGACAGGUUGCCUGUCGACAUAUUAGAGGCCAUAAAAUCGUUAGGUUUAAUAGAAAAGCUCUGGCAAAGAGCCCAGCCGAUACCUGAAAAUGUCUACCUCAUACUUCAAGAAAGCAAAACUAAAUUAUCAAAAAAAGUCCGCAGUCUUCGCCUCUCUGCACUUUUAUGUCUCCAAAACUUGUGCAAUACAAUGACCACGGAAGACCUUGGCGGUCCCGAUGCAAUCUACGGAGUCUGGCUGGAUCUAGGCCAACAAGUCUUCCAAGGGCCGAAUGACAUCGUCAUCCUGGAGCCAGCCACAUCGCUCAUGCGAGCAUCACUGGAGCAUUUGAAACACAGUCCGGAAUUAUUCAAACAAAUGACUCUAAGUGACCUCGAGCUUAUCCUGAAUGGACUCCAAAACUGUAGCGAAGCCGAAAUCAGAGCGAAUUGGCUGCGUAUGCUUGGAAUUUUGGGUUGUCUGUUGUCAGAGCCUUUGGUGAAGGUAAUCAUCUCCUUCAUUUUGGAGACGUGCUUGAAAGAAGACGAAGUGUGGACGAUCUCCGAAGCUAUUGAUGCGCUGAUGGACAUGUUUUCAGACAACGACUGGGAGCAGAUAUCGUUUGAAUUGAAUCUUCAACAGAAAUGCGUUGAAUUGGAGAAAAUCUUCAAAACGAAGAUUCGUCAGCAAAAACGUGAUCUGAAGGAUCGUUACCCGGCUGUAAUGACUGUACGAACGAAUUUCACGAGAUUCGUGAAAUAUAUUGAAGGACAAAUGAAAAACUAUAAGCCGCAGAGAGUGAGUUGAAAGCCAACUCAAUAUGGUUGAUUGCAAUACGAAUGUUAGCUAGCGGCAUUUUGUGUCAUUUGAUUAGUUUUAAGAAGUUUUAUUAUGUUUGAGACAAUAAUUAAAAUUUUGUAAUGAAAAAAGUGGAAAAUAAAAACUUAUUUUUUAGUCAAAUA